CAGCUUUUUGGCCGCCUGACGACGUCGGUAGGUCGCAGUCGUGUGUCGUGUCAGUUAUCCAGUUUCGAGCACAGAAACGAAGAGGAAAGCGACAAAAUUACGGCAGCUGCAAAAAACAAACAAUCCUUAUCCCGUCUCCCCCAAUUCCCACGCUUCCCGACGCUUCUUUCCCAACCUUAAACGAAAAAUUACAGACUGAAUUUCCAACUACCCAUUUCUCCCCAAAUCAAUCCUCAUCUUCCUUCCUACCUUCCGGCCCUCGAAAGAUUUGGCACCAAAAUGGAUCUCUCAGAUUCAAUCCUGGUCGCCGGCGACCCGAACGGGAUCGUCACGAUCACGAUCAACCGCCCGAAAUCGCUGAAUUCGCUCACCCGAGCCAUGCUGGUCCGCCUCGCGAGGGAAACCAGCGCCCUCAGCCGCGACGAUUCCGCCAAGGUCAUCAUCCUGACCGGGUCGGGUCGGGCGUUCUGUUCGGGUAUCGAUCUGACGGCGGCGGAGGAGGUCUUCAAGGGCGACGUGAAGGACGUGGAAACGGACCUCGUCGCGCAGAUGGAGCGGUGCCGGAAGCCGAUCAUUGGCGCGAUCAACGGGGUCGCCGUCACCGCCGGGUUCGAGAUCGCGCUCGCCUGCGAUAUCUUGGUCGCUGCAAGAGGAGCUAUGUUCAUGGACACUCACGCCAGGUUUGGAAUAUUUCCUUCAUGGGGUCUUUCCCAGAAGCUGUCGCGGCUAGCAGGGGCGAACAGAGCCCGGGAAACAUCACUAACAGCAAUGCCAAUCACGGCGGAGAAGGCCGAGAAAUGGGGGCUGGUCACUCACGUGGUGGAAGAAGGCGAAGCGCUGAGGAAAGCGCAGCAAAUCGCAGAAGCCAUCCUGAAGAACAAUCAGGACUUGGUGUUGAAGUACAAAGCCGUGAUCAAUGACGGGCUGAAACUGGACUUAGGCUCUGCUCUCUCUCUAGAAAAGGAAAGGGCGCAUAGCUACUACGACGGGAUGUCGAAGGAGCAAUUCAAGAAGAUGCAGGAGUUCAUCGCUGGCCGCGGCGGCUCGAAGAAGGGUUCCUCCAAAUUGUAGCAUUCACAUUCAAUUUCAGCAUCCUAAUUACCGAUCGAAUAAGAUUUUCGGCUACAACAAUGACGACGAUCAUAGGCAUUCAGCUUUCUCCGACCAACUUCGGCUUCCAUCCCAAAUAAACACGGGCGAUCAAAUAUGAUUCAUGCCUACGGAACAAACAAUGUAGCAAUCAUAUGACGAACUUUCCAACAAAUAAGUAGCACCAUUUCCAACAAAUGAUGCAUGCUUAAACUUACGCGUGGUGUACCUAGGCGUUAGGCAACACCAAAAUACCUCGUUUUGGACGUUUCUUAGCAAAUUAGGAGUCUAGGCAUUUAGUAUCUAGGUGUCACCUAUGCAUAUUUGGGCAGAGCUAGGCAUUUUAGUAUUAAAAGGGAAACUUAACAUCAUCUGAAAACUUAAUCUCUUCUCAAUGUUGUUACUAUACUAGUACAAUAACUUUAUGAGCCAUUGAUCUGAAUUCUAUGAACUUGUG